GAACGUUUACGGUUCAUAUUUAGAUGUUUUAUGGCUGACUCUCCAAAGAUAUUGCGAUCCUUUGAAGAUGUCCGAUAUGCUAAAUAUUGUCGCUCUGCCUGUCGUCCUGGUUUAUAUCACUGCGGUAGUGAUGUGGUUCUCUCCAGACCGGGUUUUCUUGCUAAACACAAAGCUAAGAGCAUUGCAGGCACACGUGUUAUCGGACGUCAAGAAAAAUUGGACAGCGUUCUUUAUAACUUUAGGGCUAUGCUUUUGGAUGACAGCGUUACAGAUUGACUCCAACAACACGAAAAACACAUUGAUGAACAUUGAAACUAAAGUCGUUGCCAUAGAGGAAUACUUGGAGUCAAAUAGAAGGGACAUGAAAGCAAUGGAGAGACACUUUGAAACAUUACUCGAGACGGAAUUACAUAUUCUGAGGUCUGAAUGCAGGAACAAUUUGCAGGACAAGAUACAGAAACUGAACAAUAAGAUAUUGCUAAAACUGAGAGACACAGAUGCAGCCGUAGGUGAUUUGGUUCUACGAGUAUUAGAAAUUGAAUGGGAAGUUAGAAAGAACCGUGAUAUAUUUCGAAGUAUAAAGGAUUAUUUCAAAGAGGAUGGUGACAAAACUUAUCAGUUGGAGAAAGAUGUUGAUAGACUUUACCAACUGUAUAACCAGUUCGUGAAGGAAAGAGAUGAAACACGAUUCCACGAAAGAAAAGGAAAUGAAUAUCAACGGAAUGUGGUCCGAAAUAAUGAUGGAAAAAAUGUGAUAGUGACAAUUAUUGACACAGCCCUUAAUAUUUUGGUUGGGGGAAUUGGUAAAUCUCUAGCCGGCAUGGCAUUGAAAGCAGUGUCUUGGGCAGGAUCCUGGAUAGGCAUAACGUAA